AUGGAACAAAACAGUUGUUGCAGUGUCAGAGAUCCUUUUUUAGCGCCUUUAGAUAAAAAAGAUCUAGCAGAGGCGGCGAAAGCACAAUUUUUGCGAGAUCAUAGUGACCAUUUUGCCCUUGUGAGGGCGUAUGAGGGUUGGAAAGUGGCUGAACAUGCACUUGGUGGAUAUGAAUAUUAUACUGGUCUUGUCGAGGGCAAUAUGGUCAUUUUCAAUGCUUGGAGUUAUGACGAAAAUCUCAUUCGUUUAGUUAUCUGCUAUGGAUUGUAUCCCGGAAUUUCCUCCGUUAUCCAUAAUGAAAAGUCAUUCUCGCUGAAAACCAUGGAGGAUGGUCAGGUGCUUUUACACUCGGUAGGGAUUGUAACUGAAAACGAAAGAGAUGAAAGAAAACUGGAGAAGUUAUCUUUGAGAAAACAGUUGAGAUUGAAAAGUCAACAACAGCAAGGUUUGACUUUGACUCCAGUGUGUGAUACUGAUGCUGAAUAUCUGUAUAAUCACUUAUACAUGUUUGAUCUUGAAACUUUUAAUGUCUUUUUUAUAAUAGAGUUGGCAAGAGGACUACUGAAGGGAUUCUUAAAGACAGAUGGAAUGCCUUAA